AGAAUAAAUUUAUUUACCUCUUUCAUAGGAAUGAAAAUGACUCCUGCAAACUUGGCAAUGGGAAUUUUCCUCUUCUCUCAGAUUACAGUGGGCAUGCUUGGCAAUUCCUCAAUUCUAUUUUACUAUGUCAUUUUGAUAUUCACUGGAAAGCAUUUAAUGCCCAAAGACCUGAUCCUAGAGCACUUGACUUUUGCCAACUGUUUGUCUCUCAUCACAAAAGGCAUUCCACAGACAAUGGCACACUUUGGAUUUAAGGAUUUCCUGGAUGACAUUGGAUGUAAAUUGAUAAUGUAUGUUUAUCGAGUAAUGAGGGGAAUGUCCCUAUAUGCUAUGUGUCUAUUGAGUAGCUUCCAAGCAAUCACAAUCAGCCCUAGCAACUCUAGGUGGAUCAAGUUUAAACACAGAGCCACCAAGUACAUUGGUCCUUCCUGCUCUCUCAGUUGGCUUGUGCACAUGUUGUUAAACAUUUUGACUCCAGCAAGAGUGUCAGGCCCCAUUUACAACAAAAAUGUGACUAACUGGGUGAAUUAUGGAUAUUGCUCAUGGUUUGCUUCCAGCAAUGUGACAAUCAAACUGUACAUGUUCUUACUGUGCUUCUCUGAUGGUCUGUGUCUGGGUCUCAUGGCCUGUUCAAGUGUCUCCAUGGUGAGUCUCCUCUACAGACAUAAAAGACAGGUCAAGCAUAUUCACAGUGUUCAACACUUUCUGAAAGUCUCGCCUGAGGACAGAGCCACCCAAACUGUCCUUAUCCUGGUGUGCACAUUUGUCAUCUCUUACUCAGUGUCAUCCAUUCGGCUUGUCUUUAGGACCUCCUCCAAAGGUCCAACACUAUGGGGAAUAAGUGUAUUUCUAUUUCUAGAAACAUGCUUUCCCAUAGUUUGCCCAUUUGUUCUCAUCAGUAAUAUCAAGUCUAUUUCUAGCCUGUUUUUACCCUGCUAUGGUAAAAGAUAG